UUGAGUUUGAGCUUCUUAUUAUUGCUUUCUUCGCCUUUCCUCUUCAAAGCCUCUUUCCUUUUAGUAAACUCAUAAAAUCAGCCAGAGACCAUGGAGAUGAAAUGGCUAUUAACCUCAACUUUCACUCAAAUGUUCGGUUACUCGAACCAAAUCAAUCAAGCCAGCAACUGCCUAAGCACCCAAAACAAGAUAAAGAUGCUGAAGAAAGAGGAAUUCCCAAGUGGGUUUCAAGUUCCUCUUCACUAUCCUAAAUACUCCAAGUCUGAUUAUGAAGCCAUGGAUGAUCUCAGCCUUGACUUGCUCCUCAAACAAUAUGGCAUCUCUUUCGAAGGAUCUCUUGAAGCCAAGAGGGUCUUUGCAAUGGAGUCAUUUCUCUGGCCUGAUCAGCUUUAGGGUUUGUUUAUAUUUGGUGUUUGAAUAUCCGAAUCUCUUUCCCCACCAACGUCCGAUCCUAUCAAUGAGCCUAAGAUAAUUAAAUAUGUUUUAGAAUUAUAUUAAAUCACCAUAUAUAUAUAUAUAUAUAUAUCAAUCACUUAGUAAUCAAGCUUGUGUGUUUAUGUUUGUGUGGUAUGGAGAAGUUUUAAAGCAUGUAAUGUACAAAUAUGUAAUCACCAUGAGUGCAUUAAUAACAUCUUUCAUGUAUUAUAUUCCAAAAAUGUGGUAUAUGACUGAUGCUAAUCCAAUUAUGUUCUAUGUU